CGUCAAGGAGCUACCAUUCCGGGUGACGGUCUACCUCAAAGCUAUAUUAUAUCCUUCCUCAGCACCCCAUCCCUUUGUUUUUGGUCGUAAUCCAAUCCAUUAUCCAUCUCGCCAAUCGAUCUGAUCAUACCACAAAAACCACAGACACAUCUCCCAUAAAUUAUACACCUAUCCACAUCUAACCCUCACCAACCAUGUCUGUUGCCAGCGACAAGUUCCCCGCCUCGGCCGUCUUUGACGCGCUCAACUCCAUCCUGUCCGACCCGGAGACCAAGAAGGAUGCCAUGAAGACCGGCAAGGGCGUUUACGCCUUCACCCUUAAGAACUCUGCUGGCGAGACUGAGAGCUGGCACAUUGACCUGAUGGAGAAGGGUCAGGUUGGCAAGGGUCUCGGCAACAAGCCCAAUGUCACUUUGGCCAUGAACGACGAGGACUUGGCUGCUAUGGCUAUGGGUCAGGCCAACGCCCAGAAGCUCUUCAUGAGCGGAAAGCUCAAGAUCAAGGGUGACAUCAUGAGGGCGACCAAGCUGGAUGGCAUCAUGAAGAAGGCUCAGUCCAAGGCCAACUUGUAAAUGCGUGCUGCGUCGCGCGUUGCUAUUUUUACUGUAUAUUGACGAAAAACCAAAGUCUACGAAUUUUUUUUUCUUAUUUUACGAUAGGUCUGAAAUGACCGUUUGCUUUGAUGGGUCGUAACCGGAUUGAAACUAUCAUCUCAGUGUGAAUGUUGUAUAUCAUUGCCCCAA